GGCCGCCUUCAUUCACAACUUACUUGGUAGUUGACUUAGACUCGGACUUAAUUUUAGACUGAUUUGGCUGUUGUUCUCUACGACUAAGACACAUAUUAAAAAUGGAUGAAACAAAAUCCCAUUCCAGGAAAUCAUGAUAAGACCCGGCCGGACGAGGAAAAAAUGAAAAUACAACCAAACCCAAAAAAAGACAAUCAGUGAUAGAUUAUCGAAGAUCAAGGUACAACAGCUUGGCAAACAGAAGGUCGUUUGGUCGGAUCAAAGACCAACAUAUGAUGCACAGUUGGGCUUUAGUGAAUAUUUAUGAUAUAUUAAAUUACUAAGUAUAAUAGGAGCUUAGUAAUACGACACGGAAGGUUUUGGUCUCAGGAAUUAUCUAUGGCGUAAAUUGAAACGGGCUAUCAAAAGCUCUUCUUGCACGGCGAGAGAUAUAACAACAAAGUGAAAGUUAUAGCCGAAAAGAGUCGGUAAUGAAAAUAUAAGAGUUUACUUUCUGUCAACAAUAUAAUUUUAAUAGAAAGCUUGGACUGCAAACUUUGACGUGGGAUCAAAGCAGCAGGUCACGCAACCAGACGAUGAUUCAAAUUGUUAUCUGAAUUUCAAAGAUCGUUACUUGGUCAUUGGACAGUUGUCAUAUGCUGACAUCGAAUGAAAGCUGUUGUCUUUGAAAGGUGGCCAAAGCAAAAGCUCCAAAGACAGCAAGAAGGCAACUUUGAAAGAUCACGAAGUGUUCUAUUACAACUUAUGCAACUGAUAAGGCAGUGUGAAAUCUUAAGAACUGAUAAAUCACUAUUACUGUAUCUGCAAGGAUAGGACAGAGGAAAGCUAGCUACCAGAAUGGCAUCAGCGAACUCGACAAUUGCUAUAAAACCGGAAUUAUUCCCCGAACCAACUUCGACGAUCAUAAAGGUUCUUUUCGUGCUUGUGAGCAUGUUUGGGAUUUUGGCAAACCUCAAAGUCAUAUACAUUAUAUCAAGGUUUAAAGACAUACGAACACCAUUAACGAUUCUGCUCAUGAAUUUAUCAAUAGCAGAUUUGGUGGCAGGCUUGAGUACAUAUUUUAUGGUGUUUGUGGACGUAAGCAGAACAAGUAUUCGCGGCAAAUGGGCUAACGUUCUUUGUACCUUUACAACAGCAAUGAUUCUAUUCUUCAUCGCUUCCUGCGUUUCUGUACUUACACUCAGCGCAAUCUCCUUCAGUCGCCUCAUAGUCAUAAAGUAUCCCAUGAAGCCCAACUUAAAGCUUACUACACGACGUAGUAUCGCAUUUGCAGUGACGUCAUGGUUCGUGUCUCUUUUAUUACUAGCACCGAAUGCAACUACAGUGCGCUAUGAAGAGGACACUGGGUUCUGUUAUCGCUACUACCCGCCGUGGAUGAACACGACAUUGUACAGCGCUAUCACAAUAUUCGUUGGCACCGUUCUCCCUGUCAGCUUGAUGACCAUGACAUAUAUUGUUGCUUGGCGUCAUUUAUGGAAGCGACGUGCUCCCGACGCUACUCCGCAGCUUAGCCUUAGACCUCGGAAAAAAAUUAUGCUUAUGUUAGGCCUUCUAAUUCUAACAUACAUUCUUUGCUGGACACCAUUUUACGUCUAUUGGACAAUGGUUUCCGCAUUGCAGUUCUACGACGACACAACUCGAGACAAAAUAAACCUCUUCCGAUUUUACAGAAUCGCCGCACUAUUCGCACUAUGCAAUUCAGCUUUAGACCCAAUAAUAUACACAUUGAGCGGAGAGCAGUUUAAGAAUGCUCUUUGCCGUUUGAAAAGAAGCAACAGAGUAAAGACAUUACGAAUUGCUCCUGGGGUGAAAUAUACUGGUAAAAAUAACAAAAAUGUAUUGUUUGACAAGAGAUUUGCACUUCAAAGAGAAGCAGAAACAAAAGAGUUAUAAACAGUUUCUAUAGGAUACUGCCAAGAGCAAUGCAUAAGCAAUGCACUGAUAUAGACACUAAGAAUAUAACGUCGUGUAGAAAUGUGUUAUAGCUGUAUCAAGAAGGCUUUCAAUGCAGAAAUAAUUGUAAAGUGGUUAUGUUAAAGUAUAUUUAAAGGGCUGAUAUUUAAAAAAACGGCUAAGUAAUGAUGCAUUCUGUCAUAGCAUAGUUUCAGAGUGAAUGACUCCCAUUUUUAAAAGUAUGAAAGAUCAUAGUGAAACGAUACAAUAAGAGGUAUAAAAAACCUGUUGUAGUGACGUCAAGUGAUCAUAGUGUAAUGACUUCACGUAUCUAACUGCAACACUGAUUAAACUUACCACACCUAUUCUGCUUAUUCCACCCAACAACACCAUUAUAUCAUUGUUCCCUUUCAGACAUUAUUUUUCUUAAAACAUUCAUACAACUUGCGAUAAACCUUGGGUGCUGACCGAUUCAAGUUUGAAAAUGAAAUUCAUAUCACAAAAGAAAUUUCACCAUAGUCAAUAGAAAAGGUUUUUCUACUUACUAUGGUUUCACGAAUGCUUUAAUAAAGACCCAAAAGAAUUUCACGAUUGCCUUCAAAGUCUCAAAGGAAUUUCACGAAGGUCAGUAAAAUAGAACUUUCUCAAAACCUUUGCCUCGCCAACUUCAUAUUUAAAAUGAAGAAGUAAUAUUCAGGUUACUUGGUUUUUUUAGAACCCAUAAUUAAAAACACAUGUACACGAUUAUAAUUUGUUCUUAGAAUUUUCGCUGCCCUCCCGCAGCCUUCUCAGUAAAAGCUAAUAAAAUGAAGAAGGAUCUAUUAAAUAUAGCUUGUUAUUAGAGAAAACCUGAUUGUAUUAUUAACUCUGA